AAAUCAAUAACUAUAAAAUUUAAAUUUUAAAUAAGAAAUAGUUUAAUUAUCAAACAUAUUAUGUAAUGUAUUUUAUAACUAAAAAAGAAUAUAUAAAUUGGUUGACUCGGUUUAAAUUGGGCGGGUUGAAUUAAUAUUAGACCCAACCAAUAUAUUAAUUUGGUUGUUUGGGUUAGCAUUCGCUUCGCUAUAAACUAAAUACUAAUUUUACACGAAUAUAAUCCUGGAUUUAGUAGCAAAAGGAAAAUGAUAAAGUAAAAGGUUUAAAGGAGUAGUUAUUUGAUUUGAAUUCUUGGGGUGAAGGAGUAGUUAUUGAUGUUCAUUUCCAAACAAUGAUUCUUCAAAGCAUUUUUUAGUCAGCUUUAAUUGGAAUAUUAUAAUACCAGAAAUAUGAAGGUGUUAUUCUAUAUUUUGUUGAAGAGAUGCUUAUUUAUAUUUUAACUUUGUAAUCUAGAAAAACAAGUGCUAAUUAUAACUUUUUUAUUCGUAGUGACAAUAUUAUCUGUAGUUUAUCUGUACCACUCGUGUUUAAAAAAUUCAGAUCUAUUUUCAGAUAUAAUAUUGUGACUAUAAAAAACACCGCCAUAAAUAAAAAAUUAGAAAUAAAUAUUGUGAAAUUUUUUCUUCCUAGUUUGGGUAAAUCUCUAAAGGAGGCUAUUAUUGGAUUCAAAACCUUGGAAGUGAUGCUCACUUUUUUUUAUGGUAAGUUCUUAAGUGGGUCAGCACCCAGCACCAACUAGUUAUUGAGCUUGGACUUAAGCUCUCCUAUGUUGUCUGUAAAUUGAUAUUAAUAAGUCAAUCUCACAACAUCAUUUUCCUGGCAAUUCAAGUCAUAAAUGAGUCGUUUGGAAAACGGAAUCAGCAUGGGAAGACUUGUAAGGUUGACUGACCCAAAUAAAAAGUUUCAAUCUUUCUGUGAUAUAAUUGCUACUAAAAGUUCUUUAUCUGUUUGCCAAUUGAAGAGCCACACCAUUCAUUUUCUUGCACCCAAAAUGGGGUUUUCUAACUUUUGUUUGGCCUUCUUGAUUCUUGUUCUUUCUUUCAAGGUUAGUAUUCUAACAAGUCAAAAUCUUUCAUGCAAUAUGAAUGACUUGGAAGCUUUGAGUGGUUUUCAAAGUUGUUUAGGGUCAGCCAUUGAAGGAUGGGACAAAUCCACUUCCUCGGAUUGCUGCACUUGGACAGGAGUUACAUGUUCGGAUGAUCAUUUGCCUAUAGGCAGAAGGAUAGUUGGCUUGGAACUUGACAACAAAAGACUCACUGGGAAAGUUUGUGAGUCCUUAUCUGGUUUGGAUCAGUUAAAAAUCUUGAAUCUUUCUCACAACUAUCUCAGUGGAAGUCUGGAAGACGAGGAUUUCCGUUUUUAUAAUUUGGAGAUUCUCGACUUGAGCAACAAUGAGUUCACUGGAACUAUAGCUGCAAGUAUCUUUGAAGUUUCGACCCUCAAAAUUCUCGAUCUCUCACAGAACCAUUUCUAUGGAGAAAUACCAAACAUCUUUGGCAAUAGUACCUCUCUUCAGGUCCUUUCUCUUCAAGGGAACGACCUAUCUGGAAAUUUGCCCGAAAGUGUUUUCCAGCUCCAUAAUCUAACUGAGCUUCAACUUGGAGAUAAUAGCUUUUCAGGAAAACUUAGUGAUGGAAUUGGAAACCUUUCUAACUUGGUCAAAUUAGAUAUUUCGUUUAAUCUCUUUUCAGGUAGUCUUCCAGAUAUUUUUAACAGCCUUGGUAAGCUUGAGCAUCUUUAUGCUGCUUCAAACAACUUCACUGGCCACUUACCUCCUUCUCUGAUCAACUCAAAAUCUCUAAUGAUUCUCAAUAUCAACAACAACUCGCUCGAUGGUCUGAUCAAUCUCAACUGCACUGCCAUGGUUAAUCUGAUCUCCAUUGAUCUUGGCUCCAAUUUCUUUCAGGGUCCCCUCCCCGAACAACUAUUCACUUGCUGGAAACUGAUUAGUAUUAAUCUUAGUCGUAACAAGUUUAAUAGUGUGAUUCCAAGUAGCUAUAAGAAUUUCCAGUCAUUGUCAUAUUUCUCUAUAUCAAAUGCAAGCAUCUAUAAUAUAUCCACAGCCCUUGAAGUCCUUCAACAUUGCAAGAAUUUGAGUAUGGUUUUUCUCACAAUGAAUUUCGCUGAGGAGGAGAUACCAUAUCAGGUGAAUUUUCAGUUCAAGAGCCUUGAGGUGUUUGUCAUGGCCAAUUCUCAACUAAGAGGUAAGAUUCCAGAUUGGUUGAGUGGCUGCACCAAGUUGCAGCUAUUGGAUCUAUCAUGGAACAACUUGUGGGGAACCAUUCCUCCAUGGAUUGGUAAGCUUGAUUUCCUUUUCUACUUAGAUUUGUCAAACAACUCUUUGAGCGAAGAAAUACCAGAGACCUUAACCGAAUUAAAGGAAUUUAAGAAAGAGUUUAACUUCUCAGUAGUGCCUAUUCUAACCUUCCCAGUUUAUACUUAUCGAGAAGGUUCAAAGGGUUUCAAGUACAAAAAGAUGUCAAAUCUUAGACCAUCUUUGGUUCUAAGUGACAACAAUCUAUCUGGACCAAUCUGGCCAACCUUUGGGAACUUGAAAAUGCUUCAUGUGAUGGAUUUGAAGAGGAAUAGUCUUUCCGGGAUCAUUCCUAAAAGCUUUUCGGGUUUGAAGAACUUGGAAAAAUUGGAUUUAUCUGAGAACAAGCUCAGUGGCUCUAUCCCUGAUUCAUUGUUAGAACUUCAUUUUUUGUCCAAUUUUAAUGUGUCAUACAAUAUGUUAUCUGGAAAAAUCCCUUCUGGGGGUCAGUUUGAUACCUUUCCAUUUUCAAGUUUUAUUGGUAAUAAGGGUCUUUGGGGUUUUAACUUUUUCUCUUCUGGUGUUCCAAAACAACAUCACUCUACUUCUCAAGUUUAUCCCAAUAUCAAUGGGCAAAUUAUAGAUUUUGGUUUGGUAUUUCAUUUGGGGACUGUAACUGGUUUUGUCAUUAGUGUAACGAUUUGUUUUAUAUCUGGAUGGGUGUUUCAAAAUGCAGGAAAAAAAAAAAAGGAAAGAUAAAUGAGGAAUGGUUAAAUUGAUUGAAUAUGGAUGAGAUAAAGUCUUGGGUUUGUGUUCAUAUUAUGUAAAUGUGAUGUAUUCACAAUGUUCAUUCAACAUAAUUGUUAUGUUAUAUUUAAUUUAGUUUUUAGAUGAAAUAUUUAUGUCAAAAGGAGAAUUAUGAAUAUAUGUAAAUGUAUACUUCUAUAUUUUUUUUUAAUAAACUAAUGGAAUUCAAUGACA